GGGCUCAGGAUAUAAGUGGGUUCCCAGCGGCUAUGAAGUAAAUUAUCUCAGAGACAGCAAGAGAGGCACGCUUUGUGGAAACAUGUUAUGGACAAUAUUCUUACUGCUUAAUGGACUGUUUGUACUUGUUCUAAUUUGGUCUUCUCGCUCAAGACAGAAAAAUGAGCCACCCCUUGACAAAGGACCUAUUCCAUGGCUGGGACAUGCCCUUACAUUUCGAAAAGAUGCUGCAAAGUUUCUGGCCAAGAUGAAAACGAAACAUGGGGAUAUCUUUACACUGCGUGUUGCAGGUAAAUAUGUGACAGUGCUGCUCGACCCAGACUCCUACGACGCUGUACUGUAUGACUCAGUUUGCUUGGAUAACAGUCAAUGCAAAAACCAGUUGCUGAAAAGGAUCUUCAGUCUGCAGCUGCCAAACAUAAAGCCUACAACUGAAAGAAGAUGGAUGGAACAGCAUUUUCAAGGUCUCAGUCUUUCACGGCUCAGCAUUUCCAUGAACACCAACCUCCAAAACCUGCUGCUGAAUGACUGGAAAGGCUGCAGCCCCACAGAGUGGAGAGAGGAGGGACUGUUCAGCUUCUGUUACAGCCUGCUGUUCAGGGCGGGGUAUCUUACAUUUUUUGAGAGAAGAAACGAUGCUACUGCAGUUUACAAAGAAUUCCGCAAGUUUGAUGAUCUUCUUGCCAAACUGGCUCGCUGCUCACUCAAGCGAGAUGAACGUAGGACAGUCAUGUCAACUCAAGAGCGACUGUGGGAGCUUCUGUCCUCAAACUGGUCGAGUGAAGAGUCAGAGUCGAACUCCUGGCAGCAGAGCUACCGGCAGUUUCUGCAGGAAGAAGGAGUGGAUGCUGAAAUGCAGAACAGAGCUUUACUGCUGCAGCUGUGGACCACACAGUGUAAUGCUGGUCCAGCUUCCUUUUGGCUCCUUGGUUUCCUUCUCACUCACCCUAAGGCCAUGGAGGCUGUUAAAUCAGAGAUCAGAGGCCUGACUCUGCAGGACAGUUCCCUUCAGCAUGCCCCCAUCAACCCACUGGAAGGGCUCAGCACACCUGUGUUUGAUAGUGUUCUGAGCGAGACCCUACGGCUCAGCGCCGCCGUCCUGAUCAGCAGAGAGGUGGUGCAGGACAAGAUCCUGCGCAUGGCCAAUGGACAGGAGUACCACCUCAGAAGAGGGGACAGGGUGUGUCUCUUCCCCUUCCUCAGCCCCCAAAUGGACCAGGACAUACAUGAAGAACCACAGAUGUUUAAGUACGAUCGGUUCCUAAAUGAAGAUAAGACAGAAAAGAAGAUAUUCUACAAGGAUGGAAAAAGGUUGAAACAUUACACCUUGCCUUGGGGUGCAGGAGGAAACGUCUGUGUUGGGAAAGAGUUUGCCGUUACAGCCAUUAAACAAUUCGUGUUCCUGGUCCUGACUCAUCUUGAUCUAGAGAUGUGUGACCGAGAGGCUAAACUGCCACCAGUUAACCCCAGUCGCUACGGCUUUGGGAUCGUUCAGCCGGAUGGAGAUCUAAAGGUCCGAUACAGACUGAAGAAGACACAACACGAACUGUGACUUGUAGCUCUGUAAAUACUGUACAAAGACAUGUAAAAAGGAAGAAAUAUUUAUUUAAUUGUGUAUUUAAUCAGCGUAUCUGUAUUUUCUGUAUGUUAUAUAUUUGAAUAAAAUAUGAAGAACCUAG